UCAUUUUCUCACUCCUAAAACCCCCAUUUCCCCACACCAAUCUCUACAAAACCCAAAUCCAUUUUCUGGAAUUCGAAAUUCGCUAAUACUUUUCCACACAAAGCAGUUACCAAUUCUUGAGCUUUCAAUCUUCGAUUUCUUUUCACCGCGCUUCGAUGGAUUCCAACAAGACGGGUGAAGCGGAGCACGCAGGCUCUCCGAAAUCACCUAAAACCGAUGAAGCCGAGCGCGCAGGCUCUGAAAAAUCACCUAACCCGGCGGCAACUUCGACUGAUGAAGCGGAGCGCGCGGCCUCUGAAUCACCUAAAGCGGCGGCUAUUUCGACCAACGAAGCGGAGCGCGCAGGCUCUGAAAAAUCAUCUAAAGUGGCCGCAACUUCGACCGAUGAAGCGGAGAGCGCCGGAUCUGAGAAAUCGCCUAAACCGGCGGCAACUUCUACUGAUGAAGCGGAGCUCGCCGGAUCUAAGAAAUCACCUAAUCAGGCGGCAACUUCGACUGGUGAAGCGGAGCGCGCAGCCUCUGAAUCACCUAAAGCAGCGGCUAUUUCGACCAAUGAAGCGGAGCGCGCAGGCUCUGAAAAAUCAUCUAAAGUGGCCGCAACUUCGACCGAUGAAGCGGAGAGCGCCGGAUCUGAGAAAUCGCCUAAACCGGCGGCAACUUCGACUGAUGAAGCGGAGCUCGCCGGAUCUAAGAAAUCACCUAAUCAGGCGGCAACUUCGACUGGUGAAGCGGAGCGCGCAGGCUCUGGGAAAUCACCAAAAGCAGCGGCUACUUCGACUGAUGAAGCGGCGCGCGGACCUCCCGAGCUCACACAGGCUCAGAAGGAAUUGUGCGCCUCGAUUGCCGACUUCCCGUGGGGAAAUAUUUUCGCUCCGUUUCCUUAUACUCAACCCAAAGAAUCGCAUUUUGUCAAGGGCCUUUAUGUCUCGUCUAGUGAGGAGGAUGACGGCAACGGCGACGGCGACGGCGACGUCGAUCUUAGUGCCUAUGCAAAUUUGAAAGUAUGUGAAACCGGGCCAACAACUCCGACUGAGGAAGAGCAAGAGGCGCUCGAUCAAGAAUCUGUGGUAGCUGCACUCAGCAAGCCUCCCCCUCUGCUCCAGAAUAUGCAGAUUGAUGGGUUCGAUAGUACAAAUUAUGAGGAUUUUGAUCCAUACGAUGUUUCACCUCCUCCGAGUCAAACGUAUCGAACACAAGAUUUUGAUAUAACAACUUUUUUGAGGGAAGAAGAUGCAUUCAGGCCUCCACCUGAGAUUCCUACGCAGCAGCCAAGGAUGGAUUAUGCUUUAAUAGGAGGAGGGCUGUCGAAUAUAAACAAUACAUGCUUCAUUAAUGCGAUUCUGCAAUGCUUGGUGCAUACGGUGCCAUUCUUGGAGGGCAUUCGUUCAAAGUGCUCUUGUGAUGACCAGACACUCUUCUGUCCGUGGUGUUGCCUCCAAGAUCUAUUUCUAUUACUAACUACGGGAUUGCCAUAUGUUGCGCCUAACACCCUAGUCUCGAAUAUGCACCACUUUUCAGAACAUUUCCAAAAAGGUCUACAGGCUGAUGCUCAUGAAUUCCUUUCCAAGGCGCGGAGUGUACUAAUGGAGUGUCAUGCGGAUGGGACUGCACUCAUCAGACGAGUGUUUGGUGGCCGUCUUUUCAACAAGUACACAUGUCGUGCAUGUCGUAAUUUUACUGGGCAGCCAGAGGAUAUGUUAGACCUGCAAUUACCUAUAACGAAGGAUGCUUACAGUCUCCUGAAUGCUCUCCGAGAAUACACAGAGAAUGAAGUAAGUGAUUAUCGUUGUGAAAAGUGUGGGACGAGUGGUGAAAAAACCGUGCACAAUAUUCAGCUGGAUCAGCUUCCGCAUAUUCUUACAUUUCAACUGAAGAGGUUUGACGGAGUGCAGAAAAUCAUACGUGAAUUGCCAUUUCCGUUGGAGAUGGACUUGGUUACAUUCACUGUUACACAAGACGUGAAGUGUGAGUACCAUCUCUAUGCUAUUGUAGUGCACAUGGGGCAGACAACGAUCUCAGGUCACUACUAUAGCUUCAUUCGUGUAUCUGCCACUGAUUGGUACGAAUUUAAUGAUGAGAUGAUUAAACGGGUAGAUGAAGAGCAUGUUCUCACCCAGGAGGCGUAUAUUCUUUUCUAUGCCAAGGAGGGAACUCCGUGGUUUUCAGAGGCCAUGCAAGCUCACAAGGCAUCUACUUCAUCACAACCACCAGGGGAUAAUGUUCCUUUGAUUCCUAGUGAAGGCGACGACACUGCUAUGACAUUCUUUCCUGAAUAUACGGACUGGCAGCCGAGUGGUCGAAGAGGAGCUGGUAAAGGUCCGAUUUCGGGUUGGCCAAAAAAAGGUGGAUAAGCCACUGAUGGAGUUCCUCUCUCUCAAGUAGAGCAAUUACUUGUGUUCAGUUCAUAGCUAAUGUUGAAUAUUAACUCUUGAUGCAAUACCGAAUAUACUUUUAGGCAAAUUCUUUGCACAAGCUAUGAGGAAAAUAAAUGCAGUAUGAUAU